AUGGGGAAGUUUCACGCUCGUCUAUACAAGACUGACCGUGCGCGGGAUUUCGAUCAUGAGCAGGAUCGAUAUGUUCGCAUGCGGCAGAUCUACGAGACUAUCGACCGCCAGAAUUAUCAAUGGGUUGUCGUACUAGUCGCCGGUCUGGGGUUCUUCCUGGAUGGAUAUACUCUCUUUGCCAGUAAUAUGGCCCUUCCGAUGAUAUCCUAUGUUUACUGGAAAGAUGAAGUCUCCUCGAUUCGCCUAACUUGCAUCAAUAUUGCGACAUUAGCCGGUACCCUGCUCGGAAUGGUUAUGUUUGGAUUUCUGGCCGACAAAUACGGGCGGAAGAAGAUGUACGGAGCCGAACUGGUGCUCUUGAUCACUGCUACAUUGGGUGUGGUCAUGUCAUCUCAAGGCAAGGAUGGUAGUAUGGAUAUCUUUGCCUGGUUAAUCUGGUGGAGAAUUUGCGUCGGCAUCGGCGUGGGUGCGGAUUACCCGCUUAGUGCCGUGAUCACGUCUGAAUUCGCUCCGACCAAGCACCGUGCCCGGAUGAUGGCGAGUGUCUUCUUCAUGCAGCCUCUCGGACAAAUCGCCGGAAACUUGGUCUCGCUGAUUGUCAUCGCCAUUGCCCGCAAGAAUGGUGGCGAGCACAUCACCAGUGUUAUGGAUAGUGCGUGGCGCUGGGUACUCGGCAUUGGUGUGGUGCCCGGUGCUAUUGCAACAGUCUUCCGUUUCGCCAUUCCUGAGAGUCCACGCUACCUCGUUGACAUCGAAGAUGAUCCCGUCACCGCCGAAUUCGACGCAACUACCCUGUUCAGCGAACCGUCCAUCCCUAUGAGCCCGGGUACAUUCGAGACGGGUAGCUUCACUACUGUUACCGUCGGCAACGGUAUCCAGCUCCCUCCAAUUUCGUCCCUUGCAAGCGAUUCUAUCCACGAAGAUGAGGAGUACGGUACGCAUAUCCCGCCCGCGACUCUCAACUCGCACUGGCGACUUGCCCGCACCGAUAUCAUCAGGUACUUCUGGAUUGAAGGGAACUGGCGCACACUGGCUGGCACAUCGAUGGCAUGGUUACUGCUUGAUUUCGGGUUCUACGGUAUCUCCCUCUCGAGCCCACAGUUUCUUGCCAAAACCUGGGGUGCACUGCACAUCACGCAAUCUGAGCCGAACUGGAUGACGGACAGUCGGCCCGGCGCGAGUGUCUACGACAUGUUCUUCGAGACCUCCGUCCGCGGUCUGAUCGUCCUGAACAUCGGCAGUUUCAUCGGCGGUCUUCUCCUCAUUCUCUUCGCCCACCGCAUCGAUCGCGUCGCCCUACAGAAAUACAUGUUCCUCGCCCUGGCACUUCUCUUCAUUGCCCUCGGGUCCAUUUUCGUCACCCUCACAUCCAGCCCCCCUGCCGUCGUCGCCUUGUACAUUCUCGGCCAGAUCCUUUUCAACUUCGGCCCCAACGCAACCACCUACAUGAUUCCCGCCGAGAUCUUCCCCACUCGCUACAGAGGCACAUGCCACGGCCUCAGCGCCGGCGCCGGCAAGCUAGGCUCCAUCCUCGUCCAAAUUUUCUCCACCUACUACCGCUUCGGUACCGGCCCGAGCAACGUAUCAACCUUCCACCACGGAGUUAUCCUCUUUGUUUUCAGCGCCUGCAUGAUACUCGGCGCAGCAGUGACACACUUCUGGAUUCCGCCCCUUCAACAACCCAAGGGUAACAAUAUGAUUUGGGGCGGAAAACCGUACACCCUUGAGACAUUGGCCCUUGGUCGUAUGGGACGCAAGAGUCGCGAUGCGAACCUCAGGAAGAGGUCAUCUAGGCAAAGGGCCAUGUCUUUUAGCGGAUAA